AUGAGUACAUUGACGGGGAGAGAGGUGGAGGAAUUACUCCGUCUCCUGUGGCCGGCGACGUCAACAGGCGAUGGCACCUCCGACGAUACUCAGCGCUGGUACCAACAGGGCUUUGAGUUCCAAACGCUGCAGGGCUUCCCGAUCGGGCUCGUGCAGGGCCACGGGGGCCCUUGUGGUGUGUUGGCCGCAGUGCAAGCCGAAAUGCUUCGACUGUUCUUGUUUGUGCACCACCGUGAUACGUUGAGAAGCAACGAUAUUAAUUUACAGCAGCUACUGGAGCGCGGACGAUUGGCGGAGGAUGACGCGGCAAGACGCCAGCUAUUGGCGGAGGAUGACGCGGCAAGACGCCAGCUAUUGGCGGAGGCCAUGGCAUCGCUGUUGGUGCAGUGCGUCGGUGACGAUCGAGUGGUGCGCGUGGUGGUGCAGGACGUCGGCAACGACACAGCUGCGACAUACAGAGAGAGCACCGUGUCAGUUCCCGCGAUGCAGACAGAUACCCCGCCCCAGGACCUUGUGGCACUCUUAAACCGCAAAAUGCCGACAUUCUGCAGCUCUCACGGAGUUAUUAACUUUACGUUCAGCGUGCUACGGACCAAGGGCGUCGCUGCUGUGCGCGGAGAAAUGGACGACUCUGCCAACACGUUGACUGGAGCGUUUGGACACUGUACACAGGAGCUGGUGAAUUUGCUUCUUACAGGCCAAGCUGUCUCAAACGUGUUUGAUGGCAGCGUCCCCAUGGGCGACACAGGGCUGUCCUUGCACGGCGUGCCAUAUCGAGCGCGUAUCGGCUAUUUAACGCAAUUGGAGGCGUUGCGAUACUGCCAAGUGGGUAGUUACUACAAAUCGCCCCAGUUUCCCGUGUGGGUGCUCGGCAGCUCUUCGCACUUUAGUGUUGGCUUCGCUCUGGAUGUCCGUGUCUGCGAGGAAUCGGCAUCCGCGCAGCUUUUUCAACAAAUUCAGCGAGUGUUCAAGACUUUUGACCCUAUGGAGACCGGCUUCAUGGAGAUGGCGUCCCUGGCCGACUCGCUGAAGCAGCUUGGUGUCACACCUGAGAUUCUCUCAAAUGAGUACAUGAUGGCACGACUAUUAGCUAGACUGGAAAUCUCAAGUGGUGCUGGCAUCGUGCUCUGGGACGAGUAUUGGAAAGUUAUCUCAGUGCUGUUGCAUACCAACGACUUCGAGCUGGCAUUGUCUGGAGACUACGACCCAAAUGGCACGACGGAAUCACGGCCUCCCCUCCAACGCUCCGAUUCUGAUCUUGCGCGGGAGCUCCAAGCACAGUUUGACGCAGAAGAAAGAGGUGGCUCUGCUGUCCAAGCUCCUGUGAACGCACCACCGCCAGACAAGCCGAAGCAGGACCCACUACUUUCGUUCGAUUGGUUUUAUUACAAUGGGCUGGGAAGCAACAGUAAUUCGACCAACGGACAACGGCGUCCUCAGCUCACAAAAUGUCGUGUGACGCUCGAGGAAUCGGCGGAGUUCAUCGGUAGAUCCGUCCCCAUUGACAACUCUGGUACGAGUGGUGGCCAUGGCUCGCCUCCCCUUGAAGAAAUCAUGAAAACAAAGUGGCCCAAUGCACGAAUCGACUGGCUAGGCUCGCCCGUUCCAAGUACCGACUAA